UUGCAGGACAUACGAGAUCUAUGCCUGCACGUUAUUGCCGACGCACCAGUUCCAAAUUGGCUUCAUAUCACCAAUACCAACCUGAUUCAACGGCUUGUGGUUCUUUUGAUACCUGGCCUGACACCAGACCUACUGUCACUACCACCACUUCCAACAUCAGCGACUUCCAACCCCAAUCUGCCUUUAUCAAUACCCCUACCCCCACCACCCACUGAAGGACAAACUAUAAACAGCGUUCCAUUUAUCGCAGCUACUUUUAGCCAUGCGUGUCCAACAAGGGCGCCUGGCGAUCAGACACGGAUGCAUAGUGUCCUCAGCACCUUUUUUCAAGGUCCUAUCAGUGGAGAAGAAAAGAAGAGACGGAUGACCCAGAGGCUGCAAGGUGCGUAUUUUCCCGAGAUCCUGAAGGAUAGUCCUGCGCAAUAUCUCCUCACGCUGGAGCAAAUGGUUGAGAACGAAUACCCGAUACCCUCAUACAUGGCGGAUAUAUUCCAGAAGCCUGAAGGCUGGGUCGAGACUCCAGAACCCCCAAAACAGGCGGAAGCGUCUUUACCCUCAAAAGGUACAAUGAGACCCCAGCAGACAAUUUAUGCCAUUGAUUGUGAAAUGUGUUUGACCGAGGAUGGAAAGGAAUUAACGCGAGUUUGCAUAGUCGACUAUCAUUCUGGCAUCGUGGUUUAUGACCAACUGGUAAAACCGAAAAAGCCUAUCAUCGACUACCUCACGCGAUGGUCGGGAAUUACAGCAGAAGCCCUUGGACCAGUGACGACGACUCAUGCCCAAGUUCAAGCACAUGUACUUCAGCCUGCUCCACCAACCCCCAUCCUCCUUGGCCAUUCACUAGAAUCCGACCUCAACGCACUCAAAAUAUGUCAUCCACUUUGCAUCGAUACUGCCUUGAUGUACCACCACCCCCGUGGUCGGCCUCUCAAACCAGGCCUCGCCUGGCUCACCAAAAAAUGGUGCGGGCGUGAAAUCCAAGCACGCGGAGAAGGUGGCCAUGACCCAGAGGAAGACGCUCGUGCAUGCUUGGAUCUGUUAAAGAAAAAGCUCCAGGGUGGGCCUGGGUUUGGCGAGUUUAAGAUCGACUAUGAGUCUAUCUUUGAGAGGAUGGCUAGGGCAUCACGGAGGGCUGGUGGUGGUGGGCCUGGGAGCAUCAAAACGUGCGUUGUGGAUCAUGGAAACCCAAAUGUUAUGCAUGGGAGCAAGGCGAACACCGCAAUUGGGUGCAAGACUGACGCGGACGUCUUGGAAGGCUUGUUGGGUGCGAUUCCUUCACAUCACUUUGUAUUUGGGAGGUUCAUGUCGUUGGCUGACGUCCUUGGGUAUUCGCCUCCCCCUCAGCCUGGACCGCCUCCCUCGCCUGAAGCGCUCUCUUUGAUUUUGACUACUCUGAACGAACAAUUGAAAACUCUGCAUGCCGCGCUUCCCCCGCGAACAGCGAUUGUCAUAUUUAGUGGGCACUCUGACCCGCGAAAGAUGUCCUCGUUGAAUGCGCGGAAAGCGGCGUUUGAGAAUGCACUCAGGUCGGGGAAGACAUCGGAGGAACUUGGGCCUGAGUUGAAGUGGAGUGCUGGGGACGGAAGGGAUUUGGAGGAGGCGGUAGAGCUGGCGCGGAGGGGGUUGCUGUUCUUGGGUGUCAAGCAGUAA